AUGACAGUAGUGGCACUCCUUGGAACCCUGUUGCUGCCCUGGAGAUACAGGCUUACGGGGGAGACCAGGCCUAACAACCUUAGGGCUGCCACGCAAGGGAAACCAGUUACUCCUCACUUUGAGUCCAUGCUGGCUUACAUUCUGCUGUCCUUCAUCGCUCUGCUCACUUCAGCUCUUAACCUGCUGGUCAUCAUCUCUAUCUCUCACUUCAAGCAGCUCCACACCCCCACCAACCUCAUCCUACUUUCUCUGGCUUUCUCAGAUUUCUUCGUGGGCUUCCUCAUGGCCUUACAAAUAGUGGCCAUAGACGGAUGUUGGUCCCUUGGUGACAUCUUGUGUCCUUUCUAUCAUUUUCUUGGAUAUAUUAUUACCUCUGCCUCAAUAGGAACUGUGGUGAUUAUAUCUAUUGACCGCUAUGUGGCUAUUUGUCAUCCUCUGCAUUACUCCACUCAAAUCACACAAAAAAGAGUCCAAGUCUGUAUUUGUCUGUGUUGGAUAUGUUCUGUGAUUUUUCAGGGUAUACUGCAGAAUCACACUAUGAAACUACAAGACACAAACCCCUGCUCUAGGGAGUGUAUGAUUGUCGUUGACUAUGAUUCUGUACUUGCAGACCUUAUUUUUUCCUUCAUAGUUCCCAUCACUAUUAUUGUUCUUUUGUAUAUGAGAGUAUUUGUGGUGGCUAUUUCUCAGGCUCAUGCCAUGAGGUCCCACAUUGCAACUGUUACAUUCCAGAAAACAGGGAAAGUAAUGGCAAAAAAAUCUGAAUUGAAAGCAGCCAGGACUCUCGGUAUUGUUAUAGUUGUGUUUCUAUUAUGUCUCUGCCCAUAUUAUUGUGCUGCUCUUGUAGAUGAAGAUUUCCUUACUGCUUCUAAUGCAAAUAUUAUUAUAUGUUUGGUCUAUUUUAACUCCUGUUUAAACCCUCUGAUCUACGCCCUUUUUUAUCCAUGGUUUAGAAAAUCAAUUAAGCUCAUUGUUACACUGAAGAUACUGCAGCCAUACUCCUGUGAUGCCAACAUGCUGUAA